AUGUCGUACAAUCGCAAAAAAUUCUUAUGGACGGACGCAUUACGUUUGAUGCUUAUCAAAGAAGUGAAACAACGCCCAACGAUCUGGUCAUCCAGUUCAAAUAAUUUCAAUAAUAUGAGUGACAAAAUGGCAUAUCAAAUCACCAAAAAAUUACAUGAAGUGUCAACUGGUAUUUGUGAAUUAACAGUAAAUCAUAUAAAAGAUGAAUGGAAAGACAUUAGUAAUGAAUGUGUCCGAGUUUUAAACAGAAACGAUGAAUUGAAACGGUCAGAAUUGUCAAUUUGGCGUUUCGGUUAUGUGCUGAAAUUUAUGCUUUAUGCUGUAACACAUGCAGAAGAAGGGAACGCUUAUGUUCUCCUGUACAUUGAUAAACUGAAUAUUUUCUGUGUAGUCCGUGAAAGCGAUAUUGUAGGGGUACUUUGGCCUUUUUCCAAUGUAAGUGUUCAACUGAAGGGAAAAGUUGAGAGAGCCAUAAUCAUGGAAAUAGGUCGACGUCAUGUUAUGAUCGAGAAAUGUAAACACAUAUCAGUUUCGAAAAAUUCACGUAUGGUUUGGAACGACAGGCUUACCGAAGCACAUAUGUUACCGGAUAAAUUUGCGGUUCAAACAAAGCGUUACAAUACUUCCCUUAUGAGAAGGGAUGAUGAGAUAGUGUACUAUGAUAGCGGAGCGCAUUAUAGUAGGGAAAUUCCCGUAAAAAAUGCACCCUCAUCAUUGCGCAUGCCAGAUGUCGGAGAAAGCAAACCAUUCUCAGCGCUUCAACUGUUACUCCAGAAUCAAACCUUGUCGAAACAACAUUUGUUCCACGGCAUCCCCUCGUCAAUAUUAGCUCAUGUUGAUUCUGAGUUAUGCGCGAAGCGUAGGCAGCAUCUUCUACAAUCCGAGCCUUCUGUCAGCUGUAGUAGACCUAUUCUGCAACGUCGUGCUGUAACUUCAUUUGUCGAAAGACACCAUGACACUAACCCAAUUUUUCCGGCCUCAUUUUCUCGAACUCCAACUAGAGUCAUGAAACAAAUGGAAUAUUUGAAUUACAACUGUGGCCGUUUACUUCGACGUCUCGAUAAUAUUCGUUGUGAAGCGGAUGGAUUGAAAUGUAUGGUUGUUGCUGUUAAAAGAGAUAUUGACAGGGACUUCAAAAUGAUUAUGCUGCGCUUCCUGUGCGCUUCACAACUUCAUGUUUAUCCUGUGGUUCCAAUGCGCGGUGCUGCAUCUGAAAAAGAGGUGAAGUCAGUGCUGAUGCAGACGGAUGAAGUUUUGGAUAAAGAAGAUGGUUUCUUUCAUGUUGGAAAAGUUUAUGGAGAUAAGGUCUACAAGUACUGUCCCAGAGAGAUCGUUCGUGGUCUGGUAGCUACCUCAUCUCAUCCAACGGCAUUUGUUCGUCGUCUUGCUCAGCAUAUUUUUUCGCGUGAAGAGAUUAGCGUGCUAUUUUCCGAAAAUAUGAAGACAAGUCAAGUUGAACGGAUUCAAUGGAUAGAAACUAUGAUAUCUAUAUGGUAUCCUCGCAAAAAACUGUCAUCAUUGCAUAAAAGCUGCUUACAAGCAUUGUCUGCAUUGGCUGAUUACGAAACUCUGUUGUUGGAACUAGAAAAAAAGAGCGACAAUCUUGAUAAUUCAAAGCGACAUAGUGUUCCUGUAAAACGGAUGCGUUUGGAUGAUGCUUGUUCAUCAACAUAUGAACAGAGUGUUGAAAAAAACCAAUCGCAAGGGGAUUAUUUGUUGCCUCAAACUCUGUCUCGUAUAAAACGACAGCAGAAAAAUGCCGAAGGAUUUGUCGUUAAAGUUGCAACCUUAUUGUACAGUGGUGAUGAUGACAUUCAGAAGCCAUGUAAAGAAAAGCGAAACCAAGCCAAACUUAUCUGGCUGAAGGAAAAGGUGCAGGAACUCUAUCCUGCGGAUACAAUGAGAAAUGUAAAUUACCAAUGGAGUCGAUGUCUCGAUGCAUUAGACACUCAUGCAGAUAAAAUGAAGAAUGUCUCUUUUGAUGAAUAUGAUUCGAGCGACGAAAUAAAAUGA